AUACAUCAUCACCCAUGCAUGUGCACUGUCCGCUCUAUGCAUAACAUGUAUUGAUAGCAUCCAUCAUCAAGCUAUAAACAGGACCAAGAAAUUUAGGAGAGUACUGCAAGUGCAAGCUUAGUGAGGGAGAAAAAAAGGGUUUUAGCCUCUCUCUUCUUUCCUCAAAUUUUAUAACUCACUUCAUCAAGAAAAAAAAAAUAGAUCCAAGGAACUGUCAAGCCAUCAAUCAAAUCAAAUCAAAUCAAUCACAAAAGCAACAGCCAAUUAUCAGUUUAGAAAAAUAGGAAAUAGAGAAUAAUAUGUCAUCUUCAAAUAGCUUGUCAUGGGACCACCUCCCUCCUCCUUCCGAGCAGCUCUGCUAUGCCCAUUGCAACGUCUGUGACACUGUCCUCGCGGUAAGUGUUCCGUGCACAAGUUUGUUCAAGACUGUGACGGUUCGAUGUGGCCACUGCACUAAUCUGUUGCCAGGAUUGCUUUUGCCUUCCACUCAUCAUCAUCAGCUUCAUCAAUUUGGUCACACUUAUUUCUCUCCUUCCCACAAUCUUCUGGAAGAAAUAACCAACGCAACCCCAAAUUUCUUGAUGAACCAGAGUAACUCCGCUGAUUUUGUCCUGCCUGCUCGGCCUGGAUUUGAUGAUCUUCCUAGGCCACCCGUUAUUAACAGACCUCCUGAGAAGAGACAACGGGUGCCCUCUGCUUACAACAGAUUCAUCAAGGAAGAGAUCCAACGCAUAAAAGCAGGGAAUCCUGACAUUAGCCACAGAGAAGCAUUUAGCGCCGCUGCAAAAAAUUGGGCCCACUUUCCACACAUUCAAUUCGGUCUCAUGCCUGAUCAGACUGUUAAAAGGGCUAAUGUACGCCAACAGGAUGGAGAAGAUGCUCUUAUGAAAGAUGGUUUGUUUAGUCAUUCAGCCAACGUUAGUGUCUCCCCUCACUGAUGGAUCAGAGAAUCAAAGAAAGGAACAGGUUUUGAGAUCGAUGCAGAAGCUAUAGUAGCCAAGUCUAACCAAUUAAUGUGAAUCUCGUAGCGUGUGGAAUGUGUAUUUUUUUUUCUAGACUUUCUUUCUUUAUCCUUGUGGUGAAGUGUACUUAUGGCUUCAAACUUUUGCUUGAACAGUGCCUUUUGCUCCAUCUUAAUAAUCACUUUUUGCUUUAGCACUA